AUUUCCAGCUAAUUACACAAAACUGUUAAUAAUAAAUAAUUUACAGUAAUAAAUAAAUAAAAAAACAUGUCAAAGGAUAGCUACUAUAAGUAAGGCAGACUUUAGGAAUUAGGAACCCAAAAUUUCUGUUAUUUAUUUACAAAAAUUAAAGAGUUUUUCCUUUUCAGUUUCUUCUUACCAUUCACUCUAGAGAAUAAACGGAUCUCAGAUUCUGAAUCUGAAUCAGAAUCUAGAUCAAAAAAUAUGGCAGCGGAACACGGUGGUGGUGACGACGGGCUUCGUCGGCGAGGCUGUUCAUGCACAAAAGACGAUUUCUUACCGGAGGAAUCGUUCCAAAGCAUGGGAAAUUACCUAAAAGCCCUUAAAGAAACGCCGAGUCGGUUCAUGGAUCGUAUCAUGACUCGGUCACUAGACUCCGACGAGAUUAACGAGAUGAAGGCUCGUAGUGGUCACGAGAUGAAGAAAACGUUGACGUGGUGGGAUCUGAUGUGGUUUGGUAUCGGUGCAGUCAUCGGCUCCGGGAUAUUCGUUCUCACCGGACUCGAAGCACGUAAUGCUUCCGGUCCCGCCGUUGUGUUGUCUUACGUCGUCUCUGGUGUCUCCGCCAUGCUCUCCGUCUUUUGUUACACCGAGUUCGCCGUUGAGAUCCCCGUCGCUGGUGGUUCUUUUGCCUAUUUAAGAGUUGAGCUCGGCGACUUCAUGGCCUUCAUAGCCGCCGGAAACAUAAUCCUCGAAUACGUUGUUGGCGGAGCUGCCGUGGCUCGAUCAUGGACCUCUUACUUCGCCACUCUCUUAAACCACAAACCUGAAGACUUCCGCAUCAUAGCUCACAGUCUCGGCGAAGACUAUAGCCACUUAGAUCCAAUCGCCGUCGGUGUUUGCGCCAUCAUUUGUGUUUUAGCUGUCCUUGGCACGAAAGGCUCCUCAAGAUUCAAUUACAUUGCUUCUAUAAUCCACAUGGUCGUCAUUCUCUUUGUCAUCAUCGCCGGAUUUACUAAAGCCGAUGUGAAAAACUACAGCGAUUUCACUCCUUAUGGCGUUAGAGGAGUGUUUAAAUCCGCAGCUGUUCUUUUCUUUGCCUAUAUUGGAUUUGAUGCGGUUUCAACGAUGGCUGAGGAGACAAAGAAUCCAGGGAGAGAUAUUCCGAUUGGUCUUGUUGGAUCGAUGGUGGUUACUACAGUUUGUUAUUGUCUCAUGGCGGUUGCGUUGUGUCUUAUGCAACCGUAUCAACAGAUUGAUCCGGACGCGCCAUUCUCCGUUGCGUUUUCGGCGGUUGGAUGGGAUUGGGCUAAAUACAUUGUCGCGUUUGGUGCUCUUAAAGGUAUGACGACGGUUUUGUUAGUUGGAGCCAUUGGUCAAGCUAGGUACAUGACACACAUAGCCAGGGCCCAUAUGAUGCCUCCAUGGCUAGCUCAAGUCAACGCAAAGACCGGAACACCAAUUAACGCGACCGUGGUAAUGCUUGCUGCAACAGCUCUCAUAGCAUUCUUCACAAAACUGAAAAUUUUAGCCGAUCUCUUGUCUGUUUCCACACUUUUCAUCUUCAUGUUCGUUGCUGUGGCUCUUCUCGUCAGAAGAUAUUACGUCACGGGAGAAACAUCGUCCCGUGACCGUAACAAGUUUUUAGUGUUAUUAGGUUUGAUUCUUGCGUCCUCGACGGCCACUGGUGUUUAUUGGGCUUUGGAAAAAGAGGGUUGGAUUGGGUAUUGCAUUACGGUUCCUAUAUGGUUUCUGUCUACAGUUGGGAUGAAGUUUCUUGUACCGCAAGCUAGGGCUCCCAAAAUUUGGGGUGUUCCUUUGGUUCCGUGGUUGCCUUCUGCUUCGAUUGCUAUUAACAUCUUUCUACUUGGUUCCAUCGAUAAAAAAUCUUUUGUUAGGUUUGCAAUCUGGACAGGUAUUCUUCUCGUAUAUUACGUCUUGUUUGGAUUGCACGCAACUUACGAUACAGCUAAGGCGACGUUGAAGGAGAAGCUGACGUUGCAGAAAGCUGAGGAAGGUGGUGUUGUUGCUGACAAUUCUGGUUCUGCAACUGUAGAUCACUAGUUGGUUUUAAUAUAUGUUAAAAGUGAAUGUUAUGCUUACAAAACAGAAAGUGUUUGGCUUUGGGAUUGUUUGUUGUCAGAUUGCUCGUUUGGUUAAUCAGGGUUCUCUCAAGAAUUGUAAUGUCUUUGGUUUGUUUAGAUUUUUAAUAUGUUAAUAGAUUUUCUUCACGUUUA